UCUUUCCUUUCUUCCUUACCAAAAAAAAAAAAAAACACUCCUCGAAGUUCUAAAAUCUUCCCCGAGACGGCUCUCUCUGCAAAAUUCCCAAUUUUUUUUCCCCUUUCAAAAAAAAAAAAGUUUUUUUAGGUUUCUACUUCUGAUUCAAGUCAAUCUUCUCUGUUAAAAUCUGGGUUUUGUUAAAAAAGAAAAAAGAAAAAUCAUUUGGAAUUAAACCCCAAGUUUCGAUCUUCUCCACCCAGAUGAAACCCUAAUUUCCCCAUUUAACAAAAAGAAAAAGAAAAGAAAAAGAAAAAUGCAGGAAUCGUCUUUUAAUCCCAAGACGUUUUUGGGUGUUCGAUUCUCUCUUGUUGGAUUCAAUCCCAUCCAUGGAAACGCGAUACGGUCAAAGCUUGUGAGUGGUGGUGGCGUUGAUACUGGCCAAAGCUCUCAAUCCUGUACUCACCUCAUCGUAGAUAAGCUUGUUUAUGAUGAUCCGAUUUGCGUAGCUGCUAGAAGCAGCGGGAAGGUGGUUGUGACAGGGUCAUGGGUUGAUCACAGCUUCGACACUGGAAUGCUUGUUCAUGUCAAUUCGGUUUUGUAUAAGCCUCUUAGAGAUUUGAAUGGUGUUCCAGGUUCCAAAACCUUAGUUGUGUGCUUGACUGGGUACCAAGGUCAAGAUAGAGAGGACAUUAUGGCAAUGGUUGAUUUGAUGGGUGGGAACUUCUCUAAGCCUUUGGUUGCAAACCGAGUCACCCAUCUUAUAUGCUACAAGUUUGAGGGAGAAAAGUAUGAGCUAGCCAAGCGGAUGAAGAAGAUUAAAGUAGUGAACCACCGGUGGUUAGAGGACUGCUUAAAGAAUUGGAAGCUCCUUCCUGAGGUUGAGUACGAGAAUAGUGGCUAUGAGUUGGAGAUGAUGGAGGCUUCAGCUAGGGAUUCUGAGGAUGAAGCAGAAGAUGCCUCUGUGAAGCGUGCAUACAGAAGCCCUCUUGGUCUUAGGGUCGGUGCUGUGGCUGCAACUGAAAUGUCUAAUAAGGGAGAAAAAGAUAUCCCUGUUGUUCAAACAAACUCAGGCGGCGCUCAGGAAGGUGCACCAUCAUGUAAUACUUCCAAGGACAAUUGGUUAACUCCUAAAAAUACGGACAGACCUUUUGAAGCCAUGGUCUCUACUGAUCCAGGUGUUGUUGCUCAGCAGCAUAAUUACCAGAGAGAAAGCACAUUUCAGAAUACUUCCAAUCAUGCGUCCCCCAUUAGGCUUGCAAACAAGACUCCUGAGCAAGGGGUGAGCAAAUUGGAGACUGAUGGCUUGAUGUCUCUCAAUAGGAGUAUCAGAAGGCAUUCUUCUCUUGCCACUUAUUCAAGGAAAACACUUCAGAUAUCACCAGAAACAAAUACUUUGGGAAAACAGUCAAGUGGCCAAAACGGUUCUCUGCAAAUGGUUGACAAGGGCCUAAAAGCUUUGACUUCCUUUAGUAUCUCUGCAUCGAAAUCUGGUUCUUCACUGGAAAGAAAAACACUGUUUAACGAUCUUGACAAGGUUGAUAAGUUGCAUGGCGGGGAGUCCCCUUCGGUGGUGCCUCAGGCGCAAUUUACAGAUGGAUCUGUCAGUAGCAAUGAUUCACAGAAGGUACACCACAACAGCGAGGCAAGCAUUCCACCACCGACUAGUUUGUUAUUGCAGGAAUUAAGACCAAGUUCGCCUAACGAAAACAACCUUAGGCCUGCGACGAGCAUUAAUGAUCCAGCUGAAAGUGGGAAAUUUGGCCAUAAGUCACCCGACACUAAACUGUUGAGCUCAAAUGUGGUACACAUGGUAGAUGCUCUUUCAACUACGGAGAAUAUCAUUUCAAACUGUGCACGGGAUGAAAUACAGGAGAGAUCAUUGGCUGAGCCAAUGGUGGGAAAUGACUUAUUUCAUGAACCAAUGUCAGGCUCGCCUAAGCAAAACCUUAGGGUUGUGCCAAACCUCAGUGACCACGCUGGAGGCAGGGAAGCUGCAGAUAAGUUGGAUCUGAGUGAUUCAGCAGCUAGGUUGUUCAAUUCAGGUGUUGUUCCCAUGGAAGCUGAUAUUUUGAUUCCAGAAAAUUCUACUAUGAAGGGUGCAUUGGAUGAAGUACCUGAAAGAUCUGUAACUGAGCCUCUGAUGAAGACCUCUCCUGGGUCGGGUUUAAUUGGAUUGAAAGACAAGCAAGAAACAGAGCUGCCCAAAAAGAAAACAGCUCCAAAAAAGAGCCUAGGCAUCAGAGGCAGGAAAAAGAACUCCAUUAACCAAAAGGGAUCAAUAUACUUGAGCGAACCUACCCCAAAGGAUGAGCCGGAUGAUUGUCUAAACAAAGGAAAAGUUUCAGCGCCAGUAACGGCUAAUAGCAUUCAGAAGGAGUUAUCAGGCCCUGUCCUAAAUACUGAGGUUGUAUCAGAAAUGGCAAAACAUAUUGUCUCAGAGACUGAAGCCUUCCAGCGAAUUGACUCUCUAGAUAAUAAAUCUUUAGUCCCAGAAGAGAAACACCAUCUUGGGUUGGAUCUGAUGGUGAACCAAGGUAAGCAGCAGGCUAAGACCCCAGAGGAAGUUGAUGUAGAUGUGGAAAUUAAGGUGCUAACACCCGAGCAUACUGAUGUUCCAGUUGAAGAUCCAAGUGGUUCGUUACAAUUAGAGGUUGGUAAGAUUAAAAGUAAACGCAAAAGGGAGGCUACUGUAUGCAAAAAUAGCCUUCAAAGUGGGAAGAAAGAAAGCUCUUCUACAGUCGAAGUAGGAAAAUCCAGUGUCAAGAAGACCAAAAAAUCUAAAAAAGAACAUGAUACAGAAGCAAUCGGUACUCUGAUGAAAGAUAUAGGGGAUAACUCUGCGGAUGACAAGGAUAACUUAGCAUUGGAACGUAAAUCUGCCAAGGUCAGUUCUGGUGGAGACCAAGGCCCAGUUGAGGGAGAAACAUUAGGAAGAAAGGAAGGUGCAACUAAAGAUCCAAGCGAUGCUGAAGUGAGAUCUGAGGUUGAUGCGAAUAAAGGUAAACGCAGAAAAGAGGCCAUUGCAGAAGAAAAUAGGCUUCAAAAACCUAGUGUCAAAAAGGCGAAAAGUUCUAGAAAAGAAGAUGGCGCCAAAGCAAACAAUACUGUUAUGAAUGAUACCGAAGUGCAGGAGAAUGUAGCAGUAGAUAAUAAAUCUGGAGAUGUCAGUUCUGAUGGAGCUCAAAGCCUGGUUGCGGGGAAACUACUAGCUAGAAAGGAGUCUGCAGCUAAGGACUCAAGUAAUGCUGCAAUGCAGUUAGAGGUCGAUAAGAAUAAAGCCGUUGUAGAAAAAAGUAGCCUUCAAAGUGGAAAGAUAGGAAGUUCUGCUACUGUUGAAGUAGGAAAAUCCAGUGUUAAGAAGACUAAAAAAUCGAAAAAAGGAAGUGGCGCUAAAACAACCGACACAGUGAUGAACGAUAUAGGGGAUGACUCUGCAAAAGAGAAGGAGAACAUUGUAGCGGAUAAUAAAUCUGGGAAGGUCGGUUCUGGUGGAGAGCAAAGCCCGCUUUCAGGAAAAGCAUUAGCAAGAAAGAAAGUUGCAAAGUCAGCUACAACAGGUACAAAGGUGGAUAAAGAGUCUAAGCAGCUGAGGGUUAAGCCCUUGGCUAGUAGAAAAGUCUUGCAGGACCAAGAACAUAAGCCGAAGUUUUUUAUUGUCAGUGGUCCUAGGUCCCAGAGAAACCAAUAUCAGCAGAUCAUUAGGCGUUUAAAAGGAAAAUGUUGCCGAGAUUCUCAUCAGUGGUCUUAUCAAGCAACACAUUUCAUUGCUCCUGAAAUCCGUAGGACUGAAAAGUUUUUUGCUGCUGCUGCAUCUGGAAGUUGGAUUCUGAAGACUGACUAUGUGGCUGAUUCAAAGGAAGCUGGGAAACUAUUACCAGAGGAGCCUUAUGAAUGGCACAGCACUGGUCUUAGUGCUGAUGGUGCGAUAAGCCUCGAGUCCCCAAGGAAAUGGCGGCUCGUCAGGGAGCAAACAGGACAUGGUGCUUUAUAUGGAGUGCGCAUUGUUGUAUACGGUGACUGCACCAUCCCUUCUCUGGAUACAUUAAAGCGAGCUGUGAAAGCUGGGGAUGGUAUGAUACUAGCAACCGCACCACCUUACACGCGUUUCUUGAAUCAAAACACCGAUUUCGCGUUGAUAAGCCCCGGGAUACCGCGGGAUGACGUCUGGAUCCAAGAGUUUAUACGCCAUGAAAUCCCUUGCGUCCUCUCCGAUUACCUGGUGGAGUACGUUUGUAAACCUGGAUACGCACUUGACAAGCACGUGCUCUACAACACGAACUCAUGGGCAGAAAGGUCGUUUAAUAAGAUGCAGCUUAGUGCAGAUGUGUGUACCAUUUAACUUAAAAAAGUAGAUGAGUGAAUGUUUUUUUUUUUUAUGCAAAUGUGGCAAAAAUAAAAGAAAAUAAGUGCUUAGUUAUUUCUUAA